AUGCAUGCAUUAAACAACUUUCUGCUGCUUUACCCAGAUUCAGUCAACAGCUACUUUGGAAGCCCCGUUGCGUUCUACUUCAGCUUCCUAGACUUCUACACCUGGUCUCUGCUCCCACCAGCGAUACUUGGCCUUUCGAUCACAUAUUUCUCAGGUGAGGCUCAGAAGGAGAUGGAUGACUCGGUGUCGGGAUCCCCGGUCCAAAGUAUUGAAGCUGACUCAGGACCAGUUGUCGGUGGUCACAUGAUCCAGGCGGUGUUCAGCAUGCUUUGGUCCACGGUGGUCAUGGAGCUGUGGAAGCGCCGAAGCUCCACCCUGUCGUACCGCUGGGGGACGCUGCACCUCGCCGAGCGCUUCGCAGAGCCCCGACCCGGUUUCCACGGUGACCUCGGGGUCAACCCUGUGACGGGUCGUAUGGAGCCGCUCUUUCCUGAAUGGCAGAGGGACGUGCGUAUGGCCCUGGUGUCAGUUCCCAUGGUGGGGCUCUUUCUAGGGCUGGUGGUAGUGGGUAUGCUUGGUUUCUACUGGGGGGAGGCCCAGGUGCAACAGCUCCACACAGACUGGGACUCCCUGCUGUCUCAGACUCUUCUCUACAUGCCUUCAGUGCUUCACAUCGUCUAUUCAAAUGUGCUAGCAACUGUUUACCGGAGGGUGGCAAAGUCUCUGACCGAAUAUGAGAACCACAGAGAGGAAUCUGCCUACGAGAAGCAUCUCACAGCCAAAGUGUUGGUGUUCACAUUCUUCAACUGCUUUGCAGUGCUCUUCCACAUUGCCUUCUUCAAGCAGGAUGUGCCUUUGCUUCGUAAGCGUUUAGCGUCUUUGCUGAUAAUCACCCAGCUGGUGAACCAGGUGACGGAGGUGGUCAUUCCCUUCCUGGUGGAUCGCUUCAUCAGUGCCCCCCAUAGGACAGAGAGUGAAGACGACCCCCCGGAGGACAAAUUCAGGAACCAAAGCACCCUGCCUGCUUUCCCUGGCUUGUUUGCAGAGUACAUCGAGCUCCUGGUGCAGUUUGGGUACUUGAGUCUUUUCUCCUGUGUGUAUCCUCUGACGGCCGUACUCUUGCUCAUUAAUAACCUAACAGAGAUCCGAUCGGACGCCUACAAGAUCUGUAAACUCUUCCGGAAACCCUUCACCCCUCCUGUGGCCAGCAUGGGAGUAUGGCGGAUUGCCUUCGAGGUCCUGAGUUUUGCCUCUGUUGUGACCAACUGCUGGCUGUUGAUGCUGUCACCUUGGUUACAAGAGCUUUGUCAGGAGAGGGGGUUGACCGGCACAAACAUCCUUAUGUUGGCUGUUUUAGUCGAGCACUUGCUGAUCUUGGUUAAGGUGGUUUUGGCGGUUCUGAUCCCCGAUGAGCCGGACUGGAUCCGGAAAAAGAUUGAGCAUAUUGAGUUCACAUCCAUGCAGGCCUUGAGAGAGCAGGUAAACCCUCCACCAUAUAUUUCAUUAUUCAUCAUUUUGGUGGUCUUUAACAUAUUGUAG